AUGUCGACGAAGACCAUGCCCUGGGUGCUCCUGCUAUGCAUGCUGGUGGGAACAACCAUGGCGGAUGCAGGGAGCGAUAACAGUGGUCCUUGGAUGUGGUGCAAGCCGGGGCUAGUCUUCCCGGUGUAUGCGCUCCCUCGCUGCCGGGCAGUGGUAAAGCUUCAGUGUGUGGGCAGCCAGGUGCCCGCCGCUGUCCUAAGGGACUGCUGCCAGCAGCUCGCCGACAUCACCAAUGACUGGUGCAGGUGCGGGGCUCUCAGCAGUAUGUUGCGCACCAUGUAUGCGGAGCUCGGCGCGUCGGGGAGAACGGAGGUGCUCCCAGGAUGCCGGAAGGAGGUGAUGAAGCUCACGGCGGCGAGCGUGCCUGGGGUCUGCAAGGUGCCUAUUCCCAAUCCCACCGCAGGCAGGACAGAUGUCUGCUACUGGGCAACGUAUCCAGAUUCCAGACGCCUAGUCUCUGCAGCUUCUUAA